UUCGUGUCUAGUUUGUCUAUCACUCAAAAAUCACAAAAAGCGUGAUUUGAAGGAAUUUUUGUGAACAAAAUAAAAUAUUUAUUCGUGAAACUCGAAUAGCACCGCCAAUAGGGCACCAGCUCCGUAUUUUUUCAGUUUUAUAGUGUUGAAUAUUCAAAAGGCAUGAUGGUGGAAGGCUCUGCAUUUACCCGAACCGAUGUGUUCCAAAUGGCAAUACGAGUCUGUUUCGUGUCUGCCGUCACUUAUUUCUCCAUCAAAUGGCUGGUCAACCAGAUAGACCCCACGUCCAAGAGUCGGAAGAAAGCUGAGGAGCGUGCCAGGGAACAGUUACGCAAGGUGUCUUCCAGAGCGGGGCUCGGCAGCAAGCACACGCUUCAGCUGGACAAGCUCUCCGACCAUGAGAUGAUCAUCGCCUCGCAGCUGGUUGUGCCCGAUGAAAUCAAUGUAAACUGGAAGGACAUUGCCGGCCUAGACGCCCUGAUUCAAGAGCUCCGAGAAACUGUGAUCCUGCCCAUUCAGAAGAGAGAUCUAUUUGCUGACAGCCGCCUCACGCAGCCUCCUAAAGGAGUCCUACUGCAUGGGCCGCCAGGAUGCGGCAAGACCCUGAUAGCCAAAGCCACAGCUAAAGAGGCCAACAUGAGCUUCAUCAACCUUGACGUUUCCCUGCUAACCGACAAAUGGUAUGGGGAGACCCAGAAAUUGGCCGCUGCAGUCUUCAGCCUUGCUGUCAAGUUGCAGCCUUGCAUCGUCUUUAUAGAUGAAAUCGAGUCGUUCCUGCGCACUCGUACGCAGCACGACCACGAAGCGACGGCCAUGAUGAAAACCCAGUUCAUGUCGCUCUGGGACGGACUUAUCACUGACAACAACUGCACUGUCAUUAUCAUGGGGGCUACCAACCGACCACAGGACUUAGACAAGGCCAUACAACGUCGCAUGCCAGCGGCGUUCCACGUGCCAAUGCCAAAUGAAUCUCAGCGGGAGACAAUCCUCAAGUUGAUCCUGCGAGAUGAACCUGUGGCGCCCUCUAUCGACUUCCGCCGCUUAGCCGCAGCGACUGAAGGAUUCUCCGGCUCAGAUCUCCACGAGCUGUGUCGCCAAGCUGCCGUCUACCGCGUCCGGGACUUAGCCAGAGAGGAGAUGGCUAGAGAUGAAUCUGAGAAAUCCAGCAAAGGCGAGGAAGAAUCGGACUCGGAGUACCACGACGCGAUCCGCCCGAUCACUAUGGAGGACCUGCGGUUGUCCCUCACCAAGCUCAAAGAGGCCAAGAUCCAGUGUGGGGCGCUGCCCCCUAGUAUGCGGAUAGAGCUAGACUAGAACUUAUAUCGUACUGUUCUAUGCUGGCUGCUGUCAACUGUCAAUAUUAGAUUAGACGUAGAGGCUUCUAACUGUGAAGUUACCUUGACGGAGUUUUGUUAACAGGUAUUUAUGUAGUUAUACUAAUAUCGUGAAGCCAUAUUAAUGGUAGCGUCUUCAUGUAAAGAGAAUCGAAUUUAUAUCACAUAUCGCUGUGGAUAAAACUAUCUCGUUCUGCAGGCGUAUUAUGCUUCCAAUUUUAUCACUUAUCCACGUGGAUAAAGUAUCCAUCACGCUUUGGCAUGGCAGUGUGAGAGUGACGGUCUCAGUCGGUAGUGACCCUGCCUGCUAAGACGCGGCCCUGGGUUCGAAUCCCGGUAAGGGCAUUUAUUUGUGUAAUGAGCACAGAUAUUUGUUCCUGACUGAUGGAUGUUU